AUGAGAUCUCUGCUGUGUAGGAUGUUUGUAAACAAAUCAAAUGCUGACCUGAAAUCAAACGAGAACAGCUCGUUCAUGAUCUCAAAGCAACGACACGAUCCAUAUGCAGAAUCUUCCUCGCAAACAGAGUUUGGAUUGGUUAGCUCCGAAUCUCUACUCAACCCAUCACAGAAGUCACCUUCCUCCUUAAUCAGCUGUAGGAGCUUUGGUUCUUCUGAGGACCAGCAGCAGCACUCUCUCCAUCAGUUCAUGGACAACUGGCCGAAAGCCCAUCAUCCCGACGGAUCUCAGCUGUCGAUAUCCAUCCCUGCCUCCCAUGCUACUGACUUCAUGUCCUCCACUUCCUCCCCAAACAACGAGAAGGAACCAGUCCAGAUGGGACUUGGAGUAGCAAAUGGGGAGAGCCAAAGGCAGGCGGCGAAUUGGAUCCCCAUCUCCUGGGAGGCCUCAAUGGGAGGUCCGCUGGGCGAGGUUCUGCAGCACAAUACCAAUAACAAGGGCAACAACGGAGGGGGAGGAGGAGGGGAUCAAUGCAGCAACAAUAGUUCCCUGUCACCAACGUUGAACUUGAUGACCGAAGGAUGGGACAACAGCCUUGCUUCAUCCCCUACCGGAGUUCUGCAGAGGACUACGUUUGUCUCGCGUUCGAACAGCAGCAUGGGAAGCAGCCCGGCGGCAGAGAAGAGCAACUACAACAAGACUAGUGAAGCGGUCAGCUGGAACAGCCUCCACUGCAGCAACAGCUUGCUCUGA